AGAAAUCACUAUAAUAUAGUAAGUUACGGUUCCAUAUCGAUGAAUUGUUUAUACAAUUUCUCCGUGUGCUUUUACGUACGGAUAGAAUUCACUACAAACAAGUCGACCCCAACGCCCGAGCUAACUGAAAAACCGCACAUGCGCAAAGAGUAGUGGCCACCUUACACAAAACAAGACCUGACGUCGCGCGUGUUCAGUGCAUUGAAAAUACUCAUAAAUAAUCAUCAUAAAAAUAAUAAAUAAUCACAAAUCAAUGUAAGCUUUGAACUUUUAAAAGCAUCGCAUUCUACGCGAAUAACAUCACGCACGCGCGAACCGCUGUCAAAACAAACCAUCACGUACUGCGAUGUAAACAUGAGCGAGCAUAAGAUAUUACUCUUUAUACUCUCUGUAAUUUUUUAUUGCCUGUACAGUGUUAACAUGUGGUUUACGACAAACAAUGUGAUUGAAGAGGAACCACCGAAGCCCAAAACGAUCGUUGAAAAACAACCAGAAUUAAAACCAAACAUUUCAAGCGUUAAACAUGAAGUGAAGACAAAAGUGAUCCCAUUAUAUCUGAAAGACGCCUGUAGCGCAUUAGAAGUAUUUACACAGAAGCCGCAUAAUUAUAAAAUGAAACGCGAAUAUAUUGAAGCCGAAAAUAAUGCUGUAACAGUGAUAUGCAUAACAGUUUUUCUAGUCAUAUUGUUGUUGAACGCCUUACUUGACGUUCUUAAAGUGAAAGAAGAAGAGAGAGCAAGAAGAAAACUGAAUCCCAAUGGCGAGAGAAGGCAAUCGUUGGCAGAGUUCGCGAACAAAAAAAUGUUACGAAGAGAGUCGAGCAAAUUUGGUCUACAGCUGUUUCAAAUCGCAGAGUCCGUGGUGACAUCAGACGAUGAGACUAAAAGUCGACGUGAAAUUAAGCCUUACACAAGAGGAGAUUCGAUUAAUUCUUACCUAAGCGAAAAGACAACUAAAAGUGAUAGUUCUGCACCAGCUUCCAUCGGUGAAAUUUCGGAACCCAGAGCAGCUAAGAGACAAUCAAUUGCCAAGUUAUUUGACAAUGCACUACAAUGGUUGCCUCAAAGACCUGUAUAUAACUACUAUCAUUGCGAAUUUAGGUUUUGGAGAAACUCGAGUUUGAAGACUAUACCGUAUACAUUGUGGUAUCAUAUGUUUAGAGGACAACAGACAAGAAGUCUAGACAUAGGGUGCUUAAGUCCACUAAAGCAUCAAGGAUCGCAUUCGGCAAGAUGUGUGCUGCAGUUAAACCAAUAUUUAACAGGAUGUAAUUUAGACUUAAACUUUCCAACGAAAUACAAUCAUAUUUUUGAUAAAGGUUCGUCCUUCGUACCGAGUUUAUUCGAGCUGUCUAAAAGAAAAUUUUAUGAAAUUAUCAAUGAAUCUGCGAAGAAAUUUACCAAAGCUCCUAUUAGUAUUUAUACUGAUGUGUAUCAUACUGAUAACUUUGAAAAUAACUAUAAUAUAAGAGAUAUACAAGAAAGCUUAAACGGUUUUAAUAUUAAUAAUAACAAUAAUAAUGUUAAAUAUAAUUCAAAUGAUCAAAGAACGAAUGAAAUUGAUAAUCUAAUAUUGAGUACCAAAAGAAAAGGAGGCUGCGAACCAAAGGAUAUUAUUGAAGAAUAUUUUGAUUACUUACCGAGAUUUAUAAGGGAUGAUUUAUGUAAUGGGCCUUUAUCGAGAUGCGAGAACGUGCGAUGUAAGAAGCCUAUAUUUGAUUUCGUCUAUUAUGAGUUUUGUGUUGAAAAAUUGAUCUUAAUCGAAGCUACUGAAGAUAUUAUUCUAAGCGCUGCGUUUUGUUCAAAAUCUUGUGCGGAGGCAUGGAAGCCGGGAAAGGCUAUUCUGCAUUGGAAAUUUGUUUAAUGAAUAAUUUAUUGCUAUUUUCAUUUAAAAUUAAUUAAUAAAUUGUUUUAUUUUUAUA